CCGCACCUGAUCCGGUGCCUGGCGGACAGGAAGGCCCUGGUGCGGUCCAUCGCCUGCUGGACCCUGAGCCGUUACGCUCACUGGGUGGUGGCUCAGCCCCCCGAGCUCUACCUGAAGCCCCUCAUGACCGAGCUGCUCCAGCGCAUCCUCGACAGCAACAAACGCGUCCAGGAGGCGGCCUGCAGUGCGUUCGCCACGCUGGAGGAGGAGGCCUGCACGGAGCUGGUGCCCUACCUGAGCUUCAUCCUGGACACGCUGGUCUUUGCUUUUGGGAAGUACCAGCACAAGAACCUGCUCAUCCUCUACGACGCCAUCGGCACCUUGGCCGACUCCGUGGGCCACCACCUCAACCAGCCGGUGGGUCCCGGGGGGGCUCCUG